CUCAAAUAUUUAACGUUUCAUAAACAUUUUUGCAUCGUUUACUUUUUUCGUUCGACCUUCACACCUGAAAUUGAGCUCAAAACAAUGUUUCCUUUUUCCUAACUCAACCAAAACAUUCAACAAAACCCACAAAUAUUUAUAAACAAAACCCAAAAACGAAGCGGUAUAAAAACCCGAGUUGACUCUUUUGCUAACCAUCGACCACUUUCGUCUUCGAUCCAAGAAUUAAUCGAUCCAAGAAGAAGAAAAAUGAAGAUAUUCAUCGUUAUCGGUGUCAUCGUAGCAAUUUCAACUCAAGUUUAUUCGGGUUGCAUUAAUUGCGGGUUCGGCCCAGGACGCGAUGUUUGCACCUCCGCAAAAACCGGAUGUAGCCCAAUGAUAAUCAGGCCAAAUAGACUCCCAAAAGUUGACAUUUCAGAACUUAGCAAACCCAGAGUCAUCGUUAAGGAGGUUAUCACCGGAUUUAAACCACUAAAACCCAUCGGAAGUUUAUGUUCUGGCCACAAAACCAUCGUCACCCCAGCUUUUGUCCCAAAAACUAAUUGCGCCCUCUGCGGAACAAAUAAGUGCUCAUGUAGCUCAUCUUCAGCAUCAUCUUCAUCAUCUUCCUCAUCUUAUGGCUCAUCUUAUACCCCGUCUUAUGGGUCAUCAUCAGGAAAUUAUGGAUCAUCAGAAAAUUAUGGAUCAUCAGGAAAUUAUGGAUCAUCAGGAAUUUCUUCUUCUGGAUCUUACUCAUCUGGCUCAUCAUCAUCCGGAUCUUACUCAUCUGGAUCUUCAUCAUCUUGCGCAUCAUCAUCAUCAGGACUUGAUAACUCCUUAUCCCAAUCAUACGGUUAUUACGGCCCAGCUGAUUCAGUCUCGCUCUCCCUCGCCUACAAACUUCAAAAUGAACUUAACAACGUCGCCGAAGACAAACUUUUCUUCGGAUUUCACAAAUUACCCCGCGAAAUUCCUGUGAUUCAAAAAACCAAGAACGUGAUAGCUGAAGAAAACUUAUUCGGCCAUAACGGGCAAGUUGUUGAAUUAAAACCGAUUAUAAUAGCAAACGGAAAAACGGCGGCUCAAGAAGCAGAGGAGGCUCUUUUAGAUGAAGAACUCAACCAAGAUGUUGAAGAUUUAGCCGGCGAAAACAACGGGGUGAAGAAAUUAACUUACGAUGAGAUUGGAUUCGGACCAGCUAAGGUUAAAGAAACGAGAUAUAUUGAAGUUAAAGGGAGCGGGAUUGAGCAUACCCCCCAUAUUAAUUUAGGCGAAACGAAGGUGUGUCAAGAUGGAUACAUUCCUGGUAAGGUCAUAACUGGAAUUACUCAAGGAAGUUAUGGAGGAUCUCAAGGUUAUGGUUACGGUAGUGAUGAUGAUUCUAAUGGGGGAAUGGGGUAUUCGUAUUCCAGCUCAAGUUCUUCAUCUUCAUCGUCAUCCUCCCACAAUCACCAUCGUUUCACGAAAGGAGGGAUUGUUUUUGAAAAAUUAGAUGGAUGUGAUGAAUAAUUAAUAAGAAAUGAAGAAUUUAAAUGCUUUAAAACCCAAACCAGGAAACGAUUUAAUUUAAGUAAAUAAUAUACAAAUUUGAUUUCAAUAAAGAAUGAGUUAGCAAAUUAA